GCGGGCUGCUCUUUGUGGAGGUUUCUGUCCUUUUGUGAAAGGCUGGUCAGCUCUCCCGGCCGUCAGUCCGUCCCGCUUCCUGUGUGUGGCCGAGUUUCCGCGCUCGCUGUCCCUGGGCGGAGGAACCCGAGGCCUGGCCCUUGCGCUGCAGCGCGGCUCGCCCCGCGGAAUGUGACGGGGAAGAAGGGGCGUGUGUGCGAGGGGCCGGGGAGCGAGGCCGGGGCGGUGGGAGAGUGGGCGCCGGCGGGAGGCUCCGGGCGUGCGAGGGUGCAGCCGCGAGCGCGCGGCGACCCUGCGAGGCCGCCGACCCCGAGCCAGCCGCAGAAGCGGGACUCGCUCCUCUAGGGCUGCCCACCCCCUCGGGGCCGCCGCCCAGGGGCGCCAUGGAGACCUCGGCCCUGGAGCCUGAGGAGACAGCUCUGUGCUCUCAGAACCCUGCCCUUCCCCUCAAAGAGCAUCCAGAGGAUGAAUUGGGUUGGGGUCUCCUGGAAGCCAGGUCUGAGGAAUCGGUGACCUUCAAGGACGUGGCCGUGGACUUCACCCAGGAGGAGUGGAGUCAGCUGGAUUCCCCUCAGCGAGCCCUGUACUGGGACGUGAUGCUGGAGAACUACCAGAACCUUCUCGCCCUUGGGCCCCUGGUCUGCAAGCCAGAUGUGAUCUCUCAUCUGGAACGAGGCGAGGAGCCAUGGCGUGUGCAGAGGGAAGUGCCUGGAGGGGCUUGUCCAGAAGGGACGCCUCGGCCUGAGGUGGAGGAGGAGGAACCCCCGCAGCGGCGGGCUGCUUGCCAAGGAGAAGCGUUCCAGGAGCCGAUCACCGUGCAGCCAGCGAGGCCCAGCCUCCACGGUGCCAGCCCCGGGGAGACGUGGGCCUGGGCAGACCCAGCAGAUGCUGUGUGGGGAAGCAAGGCUGUGUUAUGGGAGCGCACACCCGCCGCCGAUGAGGACGUCUCCCCUGAGGAGCACCGUCGGGGCCACGACACGUCGAAGGAGGGCUCCCCCCUCGGGUGCACCGUCCCCCCUGAGCCGAGCAACCCCACAGGGGGACGUUGUCCCAACACAUACCUCAGGGAUGUCGCAUCCGCCGAGGGCGUCGCCAAGGCCCCCGGGAGAACACACGCAGGGGAAAACUCGUGGAAGUCAAGUGAGCAAGGGGAGUCCCCACAGGCGUGCAGGCAGCACGGCAUCUUCGUGUGCGACGAGUGCGGGAAGGCAUUCCCCCAGAGCGCGUCGCUCACGCUGCAUCGGCGCUGGCACGGCCGGGAGAAGGCCUACAAGUGCCGCGAGUGCGGCAAGGCCUUCCCCUGGAGCACCAGCCUCAUCGAACACCAGCGGGUACACAGCGGCGAGAAGCCCUUUGUCUGCAGCGAGUGCGGGAAGGCCUUCAGCUGCCACUCAUCUCUCAACGUGCACCAGCGGGUCCACACGGGCGAGCGACCCUACAAGUGCAGUGCCUGCGAGAAGGCCUUCAGCUGCAGCUCCCUGCUCAACAUGCACCUGCGCGUGCACACCGGCGAGAAGCCCUACAAGUGCGGCGAGUGCGGCAAGGCCUUCAACCAGCGCACGCACCUGACCCGGCACCACCGGAUCCACACCGGCGAGAAGCCCUACAAGUGCAACCAGUGCGGCAAGGCCUUCACCUGUCACUCCUCCCUCACCGUGCACGAGAAGAUCCACAGCGGAGACAAGCCGUUCAAGUGCAACGAGUGCGAGAAGGCCUUCAAUCACCGGUCCCGCCUCACCCUCCACCAGCGGAUCCACACGGGCGAGAAGCCAUUCAAGUGCACAGACUGCGGGAAGGGCUUCAGCUGCCACUCGUACCUCCUCGUGCACCAGCGGGUCCACACCGGCGAGAAGCCAUUCAAGUGCAACGAGUGCGGCAAGGCCUUCAGCUCCCACUCGUACCUCCUCGUGCACCAGCGGGUCCACACGGGCGAGAAGCCCUUCGACUGCAGCCAGUGCUGGAAGGCCUUCAGCUGCCACUCGUCGCUCAUCGUGCACCAGCGGGUCCACACCGGCGAGCGGCCCUACAAGUGUCGCGAGUGCGGCAAGGCCUUCAGCCAGAACCACUGUCUUACCAAGCACCAGAAAGUUCAUUCCGGAGAGAAGUCUUUGAAACGCAACGACCGUGGGCAGAUGUUCAGCUGGAGCGCACACCUCCUGGAGCACCGGAGACUGCACGGCAAGGAGAAGCCCUUUGCCCUCCAGUUCAACAAACACCUGCUGAGCACGUACUACGUGCCCGGCGGUCUGCUGGGGGCUGGGGACAUGGAGGUGAGGGACGUGGACCCAGUGAACGCGAUGGAUGUGGCAGAGCUCCUGUGUGCAGCCCCACCCCCGCCCAGCAGGAAUUUCCCCCUGGGGAGCAAGCCCUGACACUGACAGGAGGUCUCGGGAGCCACUUCCUGGGCUGCCCAGGAGACAGGCAUAGUCACUCCUCACGAGCUCCUGGAUCCAAGCUGCUCCUUCUUCCAGCCCGUGCAAGCCUUGCCCAAAGCUCAGAGCACUUCUACCCACUGGGAAGGGAUGAGAGUGGAGAGCCUUUGGAGGAUGUCCAUUGUCUUGUUCCCCGAUGAGUGUGGAGGUCACCGACCAGGGGAAGGGAAGAUAAAAAGGGCCUUUGUGUCCUCAGACGGGCUCCUGGAGUGCCUUCCCUCCGUAACCCGCUGUGUGACAACAGAAAUAAAAUACCAGAGUUGCAAGCAGUAUUACCUCCAAGUGAACGCUCUUACUUCCUGGAUUGGCCUCCUGUAGCAGAUACGUCUGUCAGAGACUGCAGCAGUCACGGCAGAGCACCAAGGUAGCCACAUCCUUACACCUUGCCAUGAAGUCCCUGGUGGGGAAUUGGGAGCACCCUGGCAGGUACCCAGUACAUACAGGGAAGAUGGGCAUAGCAUCAAAGCAGAUGUUUCUAGAAGCUUGCCUUCGCUGACCAGCGCUGGCGAGGCUGCUCUGUAAGGAUCUCUCCUUACCAUUUGGCUUGUAUCCAAGAGGAGGCCCCUCCAUACUGCCCACUGGGAAGGGAAGCCACAGCCCCACAGAGGUGAUGCAGGUAUCCCAUAUUGGAGUGCCGGUUUGAGUCCCAGCUGCUCCACUUCUGAUCCACCUCCCUGCUAAUGUGCAGGGAAAGGCAGCAGAAGAUGGCCCAAGUCCUUGAGCCCCUGCCACCCACGUGGGAGGCCCAGUUGGGGUUCCCUGGCUCCUGGCUUCAGCCUGGACCAGCCCCAGGUGUUGCAGCCAUUUGGGGGAGUGAACCAGCAGAUGGAAGAUAUACCCCUCCUUUCAAAUAAAUAAAUCUUAAAAAAGGAAAGAGUGACAGUUGAGCCCCUGGAGUUGGUCUUUCAGAACAUUCCCACGACCUCCUCAAACAAGCUGCCAGAAAGGAGCUGCCAGAAAGGAGCCUGAGCCCUGUCUUUGGACUUAACAGUGUAUGAAGAUGAACAUUUCAAGCAGAAGGGGCCCUCCUGCUGCCCCUUGUCUACAGCCUACACGUGCCCCAGCCUUUGCAGGCCGCCUCACGGAGGCAGCUUCUGUAGGGAACUGCCUUCCCAUCGUCUCCCUCGUCACAAUAAAGCUCCUCUGAGCAACUUGGGCUGGAGGCGAUUUGGUGACACUCAGAGCGCAUGGAGCCCCUGUGUCCAUCAGCCAUACCGAGAUACUGAAGGGGCGUAUCUGUCCUGAUGGGCCCUGAGCCCUGUGGACACAGUGGUGUUAGGGGGAAGUGGUGCCCUAACACAGACAAUAUAUGAACCUGGGACUCCCAGCAGGACACCCCAGUCCCUCCACACACACAAACACCCCAACUCGUAGUGCAGAGAGAGACAAAAGCAGACAUCUGGUGAUGUGACUCGAUCAGAAGGGCAAGGUGCACUAAAACAAGUGGCUCUGAUUGCAUUCAAACGCUGCCAACGUGCACGAGUUGUGACCCUCAUGUCUCUAACAGAUGGGAUCAAUCAUCUGUGAGAGCCACCAGGACUACGGGGGGACGGACAGGCACUGUUCACCCACCCUGGCGUUCACAGCCACAACCUCUGGCCUUGCCCUUGCUGCAUUGGGGACUUGUGGCUUGGAAAA